UCGUAACAAGAAAGCGACCAUUGAGAAAACUCAGAUACAAGAGCGUAUCGUGUUGACAGGUGCGUGUUUGACAAUGGCGCUGCAUCGAUCGGUUGGUGCCCUUUUCUCCGCCGAGCAGCCAGCAGGAGCAGAAAAAGUGACAACAAAUUAUAACUUUCUAUUUUCCAUAAAAACAUGUACCUCGCUACACGGAGGACAUUGAUCCGAUCGCCUCUUCCGCAUCGACGAUUACUGAGCUCACUGCGUCCAGAAAAACCAUUCCUCAGCUCAUAUAAUGCAAAAGCAGUUGAGGAAGGCUGGUACGAUUACUGGCAGAAAGAAGGGUUGUUCAAGCCGUCGUCUUCCAGCAACGGCAUUAGUGACAGCAGCAGCAGCAGCAGUAGUGACAAGAAACAAUUCACAAUGAUAACACCACCACCAAACGUCACCGGCUCACUACACAUUGGACACGCUCUCACGCUCAGCAUUGAAGACGCAUUGGCACGGUAUCGCCGCAUGGCAGGCUACGACGUGCAGUGGAUUCCAGGCACCGAUCACGCUGGCAUAGGCACGCAAUCGGUUGUCGAGAAAAUGAUCAUGCGUGAGCGACAACUGACGCGCCAUGAUAUGGGUCGGGAGGCUUUUGUCAAGGAAAUAUGGAAGUGGCGCAACAAGUAUGGUGACCAUAUCCUGAACCAAAUGAAACGCAUGGGCGCGUCUGUGGAUUGGGAUAAUGUGUUUUUCACCAUGGAUUCGCCGCGCUAUGAAGCUGUACAGAACGCGUUUAUCCAGCUCUACAAGGAUGGGCUCAUUUAUCGUGAUACAAGGCUGGUGAACUGGUGCUGUGCAUUGGAAACUGUCAUUUCCGAUAUUGAGAUUGAUUAUAAAGAAAUCGAAAGACGGACAUUAGUACCGCUGCCUGGUCGACCACAAGGUGUCGAAUUUGGUGUACUGCACCAAUUUACGUAUCCAGUGAGUGAUCCAACGCCAAACGGGGUACAAGGUCUGACGGUAUCCACGACACGUAUUGAAACCAUGCUAGGCGAUUGCGCAGUAGCUAUUCAUCCAGACGAUCCUCGAUAUAAAGAACUCCAUGGCAAAUAUGUAAUUCAUCCUAUCCACAAAAAGAAAAUCCCCAUCGUUUGUGAUGAGCAAUUAGUCGAUAUGGAAUUUGGCACUGGCGCUGUCAAGAUUACACCUGCUCAUGAUCCCAAUGAUUAUGCUUGUGCCCGACGUCAUAACCUACCCAUUGUCAGCAUUUUUGAUAAAUUAGGCCAACUCAAUGAAGUUGGCGGUGUAUCCGAAUGGACUGGCACAAAUCGCUUUGAUCUUCGUGACAAAGUUGUGGACAAAUUAAAGCAGCUGGGCUGCUACGACGGGAAGGAUGAAAAUCAUCCUAUGCGAAUAGCAUUAUGUUCACGAUCAGGCGAUGUCAUCGAACCACUUUUACAGCCGCAAUGGUAUGUGAGCUGCUCAGAAUUGGCUGGUAUAUCCAAAAACCAAGUAGAGAAUGGCUUGAUGAAGAUUCAUCCAAGCAACCAUGUCCAAGACUGGUACAGAUGGUUAGAUAAUAUUCAAGAUUGGUGUAUAUCGCGUCAGCUUUGGUGGGGCCACGAAAUUCCAGCGUAUCAAGUGAGACUUGACAGUGCUACGAAAAAAGAGCUUUGGGUUGUGGCACAUGACGAAACAUCCGCCCAUAAGGAAGCUGGCGCUCUUAUCGAAAAGGAGGGGCUUCCAAAAGACUCGAAAUAUGAGCUUGUCAAGGAUGAGGAUGUAUUAGAUACUUGGUUUUCGUCGGGGUUACUCCCACUAUCUGCAUUAGGCUGGACCGGUGCUAAUUCUAGUGUUCCAGCACGCUAUCCUCUUCAAGUGAUGGAGACUGGCUAUGAUAUUCUGUUCUUUUGGGUAGCACGCAUGGCUAUGCUGGCAAACCACUUUGCAAAACAACCGCCAUUUGAAAAUAUCUUUUUACAUCCCAUGGUUCGAGAUGCACAAGGCCGAAAAAUGUCUAAAUCUCUUGGCAAUGUGAUUGAUCCACUCCAUGUUAUCGAAGGUGUUAGCCUCGAAACAAUGCAGGAGAAUCUAAAGAACAGCAACCUGCCACCCAAGGAAAUCGAAAAGAGUGUAAAGAAUUUGCAGGAUGAAUAUCCCUCGGGUAUUCCAGCAUGUGGUACAGAUUCAUUACGAUUUGCCCUUAUUGCAUAUACACAACAGAGCCGACAGAUCAAUUUGGACAUAUCCAACGUCAUACAAACCUCCCAUUUCUGUAACAAGCUUUGGAACUUGUUCAAGUUUGGUUUUGGUCGUUUUGAAAAAGAUGGAUUCAGCAAUCAUCCCCGGGAUAAUACAGUGGAGUCAUUACAAGAUCUGGCCAAGAAUAUGAAUCUAUCGCUUGUCAAUCGGUUCAUCUUGUCACGCAUGGCAGAUACUGUUACUAAAUGCGUUGACGGGUUUGAGAAUUACCGUCUUAAUGAUUCGGCUGAUGCUGUACGGCGUUUCAUUGUCGAGGACGUAUGUGAUGUGUAUGUCGAGUUCUCCAAGGCCACUCUCAACAAACCAGAUCUUAAGCCGAGUGAAAAGGAGGCAACAUUAGACAUUCUACAUGCUUGUAUGGAUGCAUCCUUACGACUUGCGCACCCAUUCAUGCCAUUCAUUACAGAGGAAUUGUGGCACCAUUUGAAACAAAAGAUACCAUCCCCUGGCGAUGCAAAAGCACUCAUGGUAGAAUCGUACCCUGCCAUUGAACAACUUGCACCACUGCAUAACAAGCAGGUUGAAACCCAUUUUAAGGUUGUACUUUCCAUCAUCCACGCAUCACGGUCUCUUCGGCAAGGACAUCAAAUCAGUAUAGGCAAAGAACUCCCAUUUACGAUCUACUGCAAUGACUACGAAUUAGUUGAGCCACUGCGUUUAUAUAUGAACGAAAUCAAAUCAUUUGUGAAAGGAUCUAAAUUGUCGAUCGUUGAAGAAGAGAUCACUGGUGACUGGACCGUGCGCGCUGUUCACGAUAAUUUGAAAAUCCUGGUUCCUACCAACCACGUGGUCCGGGCCCAGCUCGAGCGGGGCGGUGAUGUUGUCAAGAACAUUGAGGGAAAACGAGGGAAGCUCAGUAAGAAGUUGGAAAAGGUCAAAAAGGACGCAGAAAAAUUGGCUGCGCGGAUGAAUAAGGAUGGGUACGCGGAAUCGGUACCAGAGCAAAUCAAGGAGAAAAACAGACAACGAGCAAGAGGAUUUGAACUAGACAUAGAAACGCUUGAAAAUGAUUUACGUCUGCUCAACAACCUGUAUAAAGAAGCAAUAUAUUCACGGUAAUAUAAAAAAGAGAGAGAAAUAAUUGUGUACAAAGAAAAAGAGAAAUAAACUAGAUUAAAAGAGAAACUAAAAAAAGGAGGGCGAGGAGAGAUGGUAUAUAGUUGGAAGGAAGGUGAGAAAUCUGGUAUAGUUUGCUAUGUAUAGAGUGCUUCAUCGAUCUUCAGAAGGAUGGAACAAUGACGAGCCAGCCAAGGCGUAAAAACAGCCAUCACAGACGCGAGACCAUUCUGCCUUGGCGUUCUGUGCAUCAAAGAGUGGGAGGCGGUUGCUGCUGUGUGUAUUGCAAAAAAUGUGACCACACCUAGAUAGUUAAAUGCAAACACAAAAUCAGGAUAGAUGAUAUGGCGUGUGCUC